CAUCAAUUAGGUGUUUAAGAAGUCAACCUACUACUUCAAUAUUAGAAAAAAGAAGUUUCAAAGAUUUAGAAGAUUUGAUUGAGGAUAAUAGAAGUUUAAAGAAGUUUAAAUUAUCUGAAGAUAAUAUAAGUG